UAUCAUAGACGGUUACACAACAGUGUAUAAAGUCCCAAUUCCGGGCAAACACAUUUCUCGUGAACAACACAUUCGUAUGAAUGGACUAACUCAGUCACGCGCCCUGGUCAACUCGGUCGAGUUACACCUAUCAAAUCCCCACCGUUACACCAAAAUCUCGUCGUCACCGGCCGUCGUCUUAUUAUUCCGGCAAAUCUCCGGCAAUUUUCCGGCGAAAAUACACACUUUCACACACAAUCACACAUCACAACAAUUCGCCGUACCUCCAAAACUCCAACGAAGAUCCACCGCCUGUUUCUGCCACCGUUAUUCGACGGCGAUGGAUUCCGAUUCGCAUCCGCACUCACCGGAAGUUCAGGUAACGACGAAAACCUCCGAUGACGCAGCGAGUUUUUCGAGUUUGGAUGAUCGGAGCGUUGUUGCCGAUGAAGAGAAUUUUGAAGCGAAUGAAAAUGAAGCUGGAGGUGAGCAACAGAUUGUGCUACCUGAGGAGCUAUCACGGAGUGUGGUGAAGCUUUCGUGUGAAUCCUCUGCUGAGGGAGGAAAUUGUGAUGUUUAUCUGGUUGGAACGGCACAUGUGUCUAUGGAGUCCUGUCAAGAAGUGGAAGCCGUUAUCAGUUUCUUGAAACCACAGGUUGUGUUUCUAGAGUUGUGCUCAAAUCGUGUGGCCGUACUCACUCCUCAGAAUCUAAAGGUACCUACAAUGGGAGAAAUGGUGGACUUAUGGAAGAAAAACCACAACACAUUUGGAAUUUUGUACAGCUGGUUUCUUGCCAAGGUUGCUAGUAGGCUUGAGGUUUUCCCUGGUAGUGAGUUUCGUGUUGCGUAUGAAGAAGCCAUGAAGUAUGGCGGAAAGGUGGUUCUUGGUGACCGUCCAGUAAACAUAACAUUACGCCGGACUUGGUCAAAAAUGCCACUGUGGCAUAAAACAAAGUUGAUGUAUUCCUUGAUGUUCCAGUCAAUAUUUUUACCAAGCCCCGUACGCCUUAAUGAAAUGUUGAAGGAAUUGGAUGACGUGGACAUGCUGACACUUGUAAUUCAAGAGAUGAGCAAGCAGUUCCCUACUCUAAUGGAAACCCUCGUACAUGAGAGAGACAAGUACAUGUCUUCCAGCUUGCUGAAGGUAGCACGCGAGCAUGGUUCCGUGGUUGCAGUUGUCGGCAAAGGGCACCUUCAGGGGAUACAAAAGUACUGGAAGCAGCCUGUCGAGGUGAGGGAGCUGUUGGAGUUGCCUUCAACAAAACCAGCUAUUUCGGUGUCAAAAGUUUUGUCGACGGUUGGAGUGGCGGUGGCAGGGGUGGCUAUUAUUUCCGGAAUCUAUCUUUCUAGCCGGAAAUGAUUCAACUACCAUUUCUCUUUACAUAUAACUUGGAUUUUUCGACUUCUUUUUCAUCGUACUUAAACUUUGACGUGGUUUAUGCAAACAAACAACAAAGGAGGUAGAUAAACACAUUAACAGAUGCAACACAAACAUGUGUUCCCCUUACUUUACCUUUUUUCUUUACUUUGGAGUCUUCUUGAUUCGUAUCUUUUAA